CUUUAAGGGGCAAAUUCUCAAAAAAUUUGAAGCUAAGUCAAUAAUGAAACACCAUCUUCAAUGCAGCUCAGCUGCCUCAAUUGAAAAUGAUGAUUUUCGAUGAACUCAUGUUUUACUUCCAAGGUCUUAACUUACGAUGAGAAGAGAGAUUUAGUCAUUCCGUUAUGUGUGGUGUAAGACGGAAAGGCUUUCUCGAAUCCUGAUAUUUACCACACCAAGUAUUCGAAGCGCAUCCAAAGGCGCGAUGCUGCGCUUUGGCUUGUUUCAACUGCUGGCCACUUGCGCGUCGGCAGCUUACGUUCAAUGGAAGCAUUGCGAUGGCUACCAAUCCAAACCGGAUGGCUUCAUACCAGAGUCUCUGUCGGCUGAACUGGUCCAUCUAAACGACACCCAUGAUUGGCUUUCUCUUAAAGUUGGUGGUAGAAUUGGAGGUAGUGAAUGCGAUCGGUGGGCGACCGAGGUAUCAACGUUGAGAGUCGAAAUUGAUUCAUUAGGCCAACCAUCUUCCUACACUUCCAGCAUCAACGCGACAUGUCGGCUAGGAAGAAAUAGUUCCUUUCUAUAUCUUACACCAACCGAUGAUCUGGACCUUCCCACGUUCUUCUCUCUUUCUACCUUUCACACCACUAUUCAUCUAGUUAGUCCCGACGCCAAAGAGAAAAGUUGUUUAGAGUCCAAUAUCACUCCCGCGAUCAGCUCUAACAUACAGGCGACUUUAAGAUAUGCGCCAUUUAGCAUUCUUCUCUUUGUCCUGCUCGUAGGCAUCGCGCAGUCCGUUACCAGCAGCAACUCCAAGUUGGAGGAUGAAUCCCCACCACCGGCCCUACUUCCCGGCUUCGCUGAUUGCCUUCAGUAUUUGCAAUUCGUAUUUUUUACGGGAAGCCUGAGCCUGUUCUACCCAGGCUUCUACCAGCCCGCAGUAAGCGGUUUGGGCUGGUUAUCACUCUUCUCCGAUGGGAUAAUCACCCACGGGUACACCUACCCAGGCGUCAAUGACGGACUCUACGAAAUCAAUGGGACCUUCGGCGGGACUUAUGGUUUGGAAAUAAUGACGCAGAUUAUAGGUGCUCCAACGAUCAUGGAUACGUGGUUAAACAUGGUUAUCCUCAUCGCGGCCAUAACAACUCUAUCGGCUUUAUGUUUGGGGGUAUACUCGUAUUGGCACCGACCCGUUCAUUCAGGUUCAAACUCGGAUAGCGACCUCCGCCUCACCAUGAACCGGACACUCCGUGUUGUCUUGUCUUAUUUCAUGCUGCCGCUCAUUGCACUCUCAUUCUACCAACUUGAUAACGUGGCCUGGUUACCCCUAUACCACAUCUCGCUCGCUAUUUUUGUUAUCGCCGCGAUUUUAGCCGCGUUCAUCUGGCUGCUUACGGCGAUACCGACGCGGAGUUUAGGCAUCUUUAUCUUUGACAAUCGUCGGCGAUAUCGUCAAGUAUCCCCGGAGUCAGGGACUCGGCACCACACCUUCGUUCUCGCGCUUUUUAUCCUGUGUUUCAUCCGAGGCGUGGCGAUCGGCGGACUUCAAAUCUCGGGACGAGCACAAUUAGCGGUACUAGGGACCUGCGAAUUAAUACUGCUAGUUUGUAUAGUGCAAUUCCAGGCUUACAGCAUGCUCUCCAUAGGCACUAUUUCAGCCGUCGUGCGAUUGGGGAGUUUGAUAUGUAUGGUGGCAUUUGUACCCAGCGUCGCAUCAUAUAGCGCUAGGAGCGCUAUUGGGUACUUCGUCUUGGUGCUUCACGCGUCCAUGCUCUUGCUUGGGUUCUUCGUUCCAGCGUUAGUACAACUCGCAAAACUAUGCGCUAUCUGGUGGAUUGCACCUGGUCCUGAUGUCUAUAGCCUCCGCCAGCUUCGUAAGCGGCAAGCCUCGAGGAAUCAUUUGCCAGAGCGUGCUCAUUCUUCUCAUACCUCUAUCGAUUCGAAUGUUGACCUGGGGCUUCCUGCCCAUGUGGAACCAACACACGGUCGCUCGGUCAGUGCCAGCAUGCUCCGCGCCGAUUCACCAUCAAUCUCAAGCCGCGACUAUUAUCGACCGCCGAGACAUUCACGAUUAUCGCCAUCUCCUUCAAUGGAUCACCAUCAUUGGAAAAUUGGUGCCCACGAAAUAGUAGUGUCGCGUGAUCCAUCAACGGAUGAUGACUCAGGUGGACGCUCAUCAGAUGAAACUGUCUCUUCGGAUUCAGUCCAAUCAACCGCGAUGUCUCCGGAGACGCUCACCAGCACGACCGAGACGGUGUCACUGCAUCCGCGAUGGGCAGACUACUCAUUCCGAGAGUCGGAUCUCUUUUAUGGGGUUUCAAGGCCACCAUCGGUGGAAACACCGUCGGAAUCAACCGGGACACCCGUACCAUCAACAUCGCAACGUCAGACGUCCUCUUCAUCUGCACUCAACAUAUGGCGUAAAAUUUCCGGGCAACAGGCGACGGAACAAGGUUUCUCGGUCGUUCGGCCGCCUAGACCCUCAAAUUCUCCUCCUAUAUAGAAUCAGUACCUAAUAGAUAAUUCCAUUUUGUGUUAUUUACAACUUCGCGUUGAAUUUGAAUGUGUUCG